AUACCCUUCCCACCCAUACCCUUCCCCACCUCCCCUCGACCAAAUCUCUCCCCUCCCCUCCCCUCCCCCCCCGGGGGGGGUCCGGGGGAAGGAGAUGUCCGAGUACGAGGAGUUUGUGGCGCCGCCGGAGUGUCCGGUGUUCGAGCCGAGCUGGGAGGAGUUCGCCGACCCGCUGGGCUACAUCGCCAAGAUCAGACCCAUCGCUGAGAAGAGCGGCAUCUGCAAGAUCAGGCCUCCUCUGGACUGGCAGCCGCCGUUCGCUGUAGAGGUCGACAACUUCAAGUUUACUCCCCGGAUCCAGCGUCUGAACGAGUUGGAGGCACAGACCCGAGUGAAAUUAAACUUCCUGGAUCAAAUCGCCAAGUUCUGGGAACUCCAGGGGUCGACGUUAAAAAUUCCCAAUGUGGAGCGACGAAUCCUGGACCUGUACAGCCUGAACAAGAUCGUCAUCGAGGAGGGCGGCUACGAAGCCAUCUGUCGAGACAGGCGGUGGUCACGCGUGGCUCAGCGACUGGGCUACCCACCAGGCAAAGGGAUCGGCUCUCUGCUCCGCUCGCACUACGAGAGGGUCAUCUACCCUUUCGACACCUUCCAGUCCGGAGCCAGCUUAGCGUGUCAGCCGGGACCACAGUUUGACAGUGAAGAGAAGGACCGGGAGUACAAACCCCACAGUAUCCCACUACGCCAGUCCGUGCAGCCCUCCAAGAUGAACAGCUACGGACGGAGAGCCAAACGUUUGCAAGCUGAGACGGAGCCGACGGAAGCUGACAUUGCCAAGAACCCCGAGCUCAAGAAGCUUCAGAUAUACGGAGCUGGCCCCAAAAUGGUGGGACUGGGGCUGGUGGUAAAGGACCGAGCCAACAGGAAGCGAGACAAGGACUGCCUGGACUGCCCCCCGACGCUGGUGGUGAAGGAGGAAAUUGUGGGCGAGCCCAAAGUGGACUACGCCCUGGAGCCCUGUCCGCUGGUCAAGGAAGAGAGGAGCGUCGCUGACCCCUGCGGCAAGAUGACCAUGAGACUGCGCAAGGGGGCCGCCUCAGCUCCGUUUAUGGAAUCGUACGUCUGUAUAAUCUGCUCCCGUGGGGUGGAGGAGGAGAAGCUGGUUCUCUGUGAAGGCUGUGAGGACAGCUACCACACUUUCUGCCUCAUCCCUCCGCUCCCAGAAAUUCCCAGAGGAGACUGGAGGUGUCCCAAGUGUGUCGUUGAAGAGUGCAAGAAACCGGCAGAGGCUUUUGGCUUUGAGCAGGCGACGAGGGAGUACACCCUGCAGAGCUUUGGGGAGAUGGCGGACACUUUCAAAUCGGACUACUUCAACAUGCCCGUCCACAUGGUGCCGACGGAGUUGGUGGAGAAGGAGUUCUGGCGAUUAGUGAGCAGUAUCGAGGAGGAUGUUACAGUCGAGUACGGAGCCGACAUCCACUCCAAGGAGUUUGGUAGCGGCUUCCCGAACAAGGCCGGCAAGAGGCAGCUGGCCCCAGAGGAGGAGCAGUACACCGAGUGCGGCUGGAACCUGAACGUGAUGCCCGUCCUGGACCAGUCGGUGCUGUGCCACAUCAACGCCGACAUCUCCGGCAUGAAGGUGCCCUGGCUCUACGUGGGCAUGUGCUUCGCCGCCUUCUGCUGGCACAUCGAGGACCACUGGAGCUACUCCAUCAACUACCUCCACUGGGGCGAGCCGAAGACCUGGUACGGCGUUCCCUCGUACGCAGCAGAGCAGCUGGAGGCGGUGAUGAAGAAGCUGACACCAGAGCUGUUCGAGAGCCAGCCCGACCUCCUGCACCAGCUGGUCACCAUCAUGAACCCCAACAUCCUCAUGUCGCACGGAGUGCCCGUGGUGAGGACGAAUCAGUGUGCCGGAGAAUUUGUCAUCACCUUCCCUCGAGCUUACCACAGUGGCUUCAAUCAAGGCUAUAACUUUGCUGAAGCUGUUAACUUCUGCACUGCUGACUGGCUGCCGGCCGGCCGCCGGUGCAUUGAGCACUACCGGUGGCUGCGCAGAUACUGCGUCUUCUCCCACGAGGAGCUCAUCUGCAAGAUGGCGGCCUGCGCCGAGAAGCUGGACCUGAACCUGGCGGCGGCCGUUCACAAGGAGAUGUUCAUCAUGGUGCAGGAGGAGCGGAAGCUGAGGAAGGCGCUGCUGGAGAAGGGCAUCACCGAGGCGGAGCGAGAGGCCUUCGAGCUGCUGCCGGACGACGAGAGGCAGUGCGACAAGUGCAAGACCACCUGCUUCCUGUCGGCGCUGGCCUGCUACGAGUGUCCCGAGCGGCUGGUCUGCCUCUACCACAUCGACGACCUGUGCGACUGCCCCCCCAGCCGGCACUAUCUGAGGUAUCGGUACACCCUGGACGAGCUCCCAGCCAUGCUGCACAAGCUGAAGAUCCGAGCUGAGUCGUUCGACACCUGGGGAAGCAAAGUGAGGACGGCCCUGGAGAUGGAGGGCGCGCAGAAGAAAACGCUGGACGACCUGAAGUUACUGGUGGCCGAGGCCAAGGAGAAAAAGUUCCCGGAGAACGGGCUCCUCCAGCAGCUCAAGUGCAGCGUCGAGGAGGCAGAGAAGUGCCUGGCGGAGGCCUUGCAGUUGUCCCAGAGCAGGAAGGGAGUCAGGCCUCAGCUGGACGGUGCCGAGCCUUCGCCGAAGCUCACCGUAGACCAACUGCGGAUGUUCAUCGAGCAACUCCGGAGCUUGCCCUGCGUCAUCACUCAAAUCGACGACAUGCAGGAGCUCCUGGAGGACAUCGAGAAGUUCCAGGUGCAAACCCAGGCUGCCCUGAAGGAGCUGCCUCCCAGCUCGCGGGAAUUCCGGGACCUCAUCGAGCAGGGCCGCCAGCUGGCCGUGGAGCUGCCGGAGAUCUCCAGGCUGCGGCAGGAGGCCCAGCAGGCCGAGUGGCUGGACGAGGUGCGCGAGACCCUGGCCGCCUCGGGCCGGGUCACGCUGGAGGUGAUGCGGCCCCUGGUCGAGUCGGGCUCCAAGCUGGCCUCCAACCCGGCCGUCGAGAAGGCCAUGGCGGAGCUGCAGGAGCUGCUGACCAUCUCCGAGCGCUGGGAGGAGAAAGCUCAGAUCUGCCUGGAGGCCAGGCAAAAGCACCCGCCCGCUACCCUGGAAGCCAUCAUCAAGGAAGCGGAGAACAUCCCGGUCGAGCUGCCCAACAUCCUGUGCCUGAAGGAGGCGCUGUCGAAGGCGAGGGCCUGGAUCGCUGACGUCGAGGAGAUUCAGAAUGGCGAUCACUAUCCAUGUCUGGAUGACCUGGAGGGGCUGGUGGCUGUUGGGCGUGACCUUCCGGUGCGAAUGGAGGAGCUUCCCCAUCUGGAGAGCCAAGUAACAACUGCACACUCAUGGAGGGAGAAAGCGACCAAGACAUUUCUCAAGAAAAACUCCUGUUACACGUUAUUAGAGGUGCUAUGUCCGUGCGCUGACACAGGUUCAGACAACGUCCGGAGGAACAAAUGGAAGAAGGCGAAGGAGAGCGUCCUGGACAAGGCCGACACCGACGGCCUGGGACUAUCGGCACAGGACAUCCGGGACCCGGGAUCAAUCAUCCUGGCCUUCAAGGACGCAGAGCAGAAGGAGAGGGAGGGGAUCCGCGCCCUGCGGCAGAAGAACGCGUCUAAACCCUUGUCCUCGUCGGCGUCGGCGGCGUCGGAGGAGGAGGAGGAGGAGGAGCGGCGGCAGCAGCAGCAGCAAGAGGAGGAGGAGGAGGAGGAGGGCCGCGAGUCGGGGGUGUGCGUGUGCGGUCAGCCGCCGGCUAACCUGAUGCUGCAGUGCGAGCUCUGCAAGGACUGGUUCCACAGCGGCUGCACCAGCUGCCCCAAGCUCAGCCACCAGAAGCACUCGCCGGCCUGGUGGGACUGGGACACCAAGUUCCUGUGCCCCCUCUGCCUGCGCUCCCGGCGGCCCCGGCUGGAGAUCAUCCUCUCCCUGCUCGUGGCCCUGCAGAAGCUGCCGGUCCGGCUGCCUGAGGGGGAGGCCCUGCAGUGCCUGACCGAGAGGGCCAUCAUGUGGCAGGACCGGGCCCGGCGCGCCAUGGCCACCAAGGAGGUGGCCGCCCUGCUCGAGAGACUGGCCGAGCUCCGGCAGCAGCUGCAGAACCAGGUGGUGAAGGACACCAUCGCCAUGAAGGAGCGGAGCCGCGUGGGCAAUCACCAGAAGAAGGUGGGUGGAGCGAAUGGUGAUGCAGUUGAUGUGCCACAGGAAAACAAGGAAACCAGCAGUCCCACAGCAACAGACGAGGACGACGUGACCCUCGAGAGUCCUGCCGUCGAGCUGUCCGAGGCGGUGCAGCAGCAGCUGGAGGAGCUGAUGGUGGACGGAGACCUGCUGGAGGUGACGCUGGACGAGAACCACAACAUCUGGAGGGUCCUCCAGGCGGUGCGGACGCCGCCUCGCGAGAAGAUUCGGAAGCUCCUGCAAAUCGAGAAGCUGGAAAGCAAACUCGCGAGGGUGCGAGGGAAAGACUCCGCAGAGAAACGCCGGAAGAGGAAGCUGGAGAGGGGAGACUCCUUCCUCCUGCAGGGGCAGGAAGAUCCCGAGGAGCUGGACCCCAGCGAGCCAAAGAGAGGCAAGUCGGAGGCAGCCAGUCCAGCGGUGAAAACCAGCCGCGCACCAGAGCAUCAGGGAGGGGAUAUCCGAGAGUCACAAAGUCCAGUCACACACAACGGAGUGGAGUUAUGAUCGAAGGCUACCUCCCCAGCAGUUUGGCCGUGGAGGCGUUCUGCCCGAGAGACCUCCCGACUUCAGCGGGUCCGCCGCCAGCUUCGCCCCGCUGGGAGCGAUGAAGAAACGGGGGUGGGGGAGGGGGA